AUGAAUACUCUGCCAAGAGGCAAAAAGAUAUUGGCCAUGUUAAAUAAAGACAAAAAACGAUUUACUCCCCAUAAUAAUAAGCAAAAAAAAAAGAAAAGUAAUAAUGAUUUAGAUCCGGAUUAUCAACCAGAUUCAGAAGAUGAUUUCGAUUCCUUACAGCCUAAAAAAAUGAUACAAGUUCAUUCGCAUAAUAGAAUUUCUGGCUCAAAUCUUUUGCAAGUUUCAAGCCUACUUUCAGCUUCUCCUCAACCAGGAACUUCAUUUCAAGACCUAUCAAAUUCAGAAAAUAAAAUAGAUAUUGCGGAUGCCGAGGCUGUGCAAUGCUCUUCGUUUGAUAAUAAAAAAGAAGAAUCUUUACCAGCUGCUAUUGCCUCUUUGAUAAUAAAAGAAUUAAUAGAUUUAACGAUUUCGGAGAUUUUGAAGAAAGUUACGAAGAAGGGGACUCUAAGAAAGCGGAGUAAGUUCGAUAUUCCAUUAUCUAGUCGCAGAGCAGCAAAAAUAAUAAAAAGGGUUUUGAAACACACAAUAGUGAAACCGCCCUGCUCUUCCAAAUGUGUUUUGAAAUGCAGUUUAAAACUCAAUGAAGAAGUUAGAAAAGUUAUUAAUCAGCAGUAUUGGGAGUCAUCCAGUGACAUUCAAAAAAACUUUCUACUAAACAAUGUUAACAUCUGA